AUGUCUGCCUCGCCUCGAAUCUCUCCGGCAGAUAAGGGGGGGCUUAACCUCCCACCGGUGUCGAAUAACUUUCAACCCUCGUCAGUUGCUACCGCUAGUGCUUCGUUAAGAAAGGAAACUACUGUUCCGAAUUUGUCUUCGGAAACUACUGCGGCCGUUGACAAGACUACGACGCCUAAAGACUCCUAUGCAAGGAUCACGGCUCCACAACGUACCAAAAAACCUGAUAUCCCUGCGCAUAAAUUUCAGGCGCUCCGUCCGAUCAAUAUUGGUGAUAAUGGAGUUCUCAAAGUUCCACGUGAUCUGCAACUUUUCCAAGCCAACAAGUUCCAGCAUGCCAUUAUAGGACGUUUAUUGUUGAAUAAAGGAGAGAAACCGAGAACCACGCGUGAUCUCAAAUCUGAACUUCAAUCUCUUUGGGCGAUUAAAUCUCCUUGGUUUUUAAUGCCUAUGGGAAAAGGCUAUUAUACGUUAAAAUUCACCACUCCAGAGGACAAAGCCACAGCGAAAGCUCACGUCAUAUGGGAUUUGAAGGCUGGCUCCAUACGCCUGCGUGACUGGGUUCGUUAUUUUAACCCUUAUAAGGAAUCGUCAUCUCUUGCUCAAGUUUGGGUGAGAAUUUAUGAACUUCCAGUCGAAUUUUGGCAUCCGGAAGUUCUCACAGGGAUUGGUCAUUGGCUUGGGCAACCGCUGAAAAUAGACGGCAACUCGUUGGAUGAUGAAGUUGCUCAUUUCGCUCGCAUUCUGGUGGAAAUUGACUUGGCUAAGAAGCUACCGGAGAAUCUCACUAUUGAUGGUGGGGAUUAUGCUUUUAAGAUUGAUUUUAGUUAUGAAUAUCUUCCUCUUUUUUGUACCAGAUGCAAAAUUACCGGACAUUCGGCGGAUAAAUGUCGUAAGGGAAGAAAGGAAAAGCAAUCGACCGAGGAGGUGCCAAUCAUUAAAGAGCCGGAAUGGCAUCCAAUCAAACAUGGGGCGACAAGCAUAAGAACUGCGAAACAAAAAUCUGAUGAUCAGGGUGCUACACACAAGGAUCUGUCUGGUCCUGAUUUUACUAAAAAAGGGGAUCAUCAAACUGAUAACCGUUUUGAGGUUUUGGAGAACUUGGAGAUUCAGGAAACCAUAUCUACGGUAAAGGGGAUUGGCUCAUCACCCAGCAACUCACGGAAGAGAUUGGAUAUUACUAUGAUGAUUCAAGAUAAAAUUACUUCGCCUGCGCAAAUUUUGCAGAGGUCGGAGGAUGUUGAUCAGACUAAUGAGUGCAUGGGCGGCAAUGACUCUUUGGAUAACAUGGACAAGGAAAAACAGACGUCGGACCUGGAUGAAGUCAGAGGUCCGAAACAGCAAGACGCUCCUAACAAACAGUUGACGGAGGAACGGGCGACACCUUCUUUGAAUCAGAAAGAAGAGACACAGCAGGUGCUCUUGGAUACUAAUACUAAUUUCAUCGAUCUGGAGAACCAGAAAGUGCAGAGGUUGAAAGCUAAGGAUCAAACAGUUUCGCUGCAGGCGACUCAGGAACAUUCCGAUUUGCCGAAACGUGGUCGGGGAAGGCCUUCCAAACAAGAUCAAGCUGCCCGCAAUCACAAUAAAGCCUUGCUACAGCAGCAAGAAAAUAUCAAAAGCAGGCUUAGAAAGUCGGUGGAGUCGGGACAUAAACCGAGAGACUAUAUCAUAGAUUAUAGUAAUACGGAUAAUUUUAGUACAAUGGAUAACAUUGCUACCAAAAGUUGGGCUGAUGAAGUGGAGCUGGGGGAAGCCCAGCCCAGGAAUUCUCUCUAA